UGCAAUCUACGGACAUCCCUGGACCACAGUGGCCACGCCAGAACUCAAGCAGAAGUUCAAGAACGUUUGGAGAAGCUGCAGUUUGCAAAAGUUGUUCUUAACAAAAACCAGUGAAUGUGUUCAAUCCUAUUAAUUAUUUCUUCUGACUCACGCUGGUCAUCAUUUUAUGUAACAGUUGAUGUGUUUAUUUGGGCUGCACUGUACAGACUCAGGAGAUGCGAACAACACUAUAAUUACAUUGAUGAAUGAUAUAUCCCUUGGUGUUAUAAACUAUAGCUGUAAACACGAUUCUAGAUUGAGCGCAGUAUAAUUUCUUGCGGAUUAGUUUUUUAUUACGUCAAGAAAUGACGCAGCAGUUGGCAAAUAUAAAUUACAAAAUAGAAUAUAAAUAAUUGAAAGACAACUUUUUAAACAACACCAGAAAAGAACAAACGAAUACAACAGGAGCUGUGAAUUGAAUCUUCGGUUUCCAAUCCUGCAUAGCCCACAGCAAAUAACUCGCAUCGCUGUAGGAAGCGUGAUUAAUAACACAGCUGAAGAGGACGAACAUACUGUAGAGCUCUUGCGAUCUCAGACCCCUAUGUUUUUUAUUUUACGUUUUUUUCAUCUAUUUUAAUGUUCCCGGACUUCGUUUUCAAACUGCCAGGUGGAGAGUCGUGAGAGGGCCUGUGGAUGUAGCUCUGACUGCAGCAGGGAAUUUUCUGCUUGUAUGUCACUGUCAGCCCGAGCUGAUUAACAGGUAAAAUUCUGAGAAGAUGACGGAAAUAGCCGAUUUUUGUACCCACCUGGAUUCUAUAGGGGAAGUCACCAAGGAGGAUUUAUUACGCAAAUCCAAGGGAACAUGCCAGUCGUGUGGGGCUGCUGGACCAAACCUCUGGGCUUGUCUGCAGAGUGGAUGUCCCUAUGUAGGCUGCGGAGAGUCUUAUGCUGAUCACAGCACUUUCCACGCACAGGCUAAAAAGCACAACCUGACGGUGAAUCUGACCACAUUCCGGGUCUGGUGUUACAUCUGUGAGCGGGAGGUGUUCCUGGAGCAGCAACCAGCUGUGCCCACCCCGAGUAGUCAUCACUGCAAGCCACUGGAGCAGGGCCCUGUAUCCCAGACUGCCAGCCGGCCUCUAAAGGCUGUUCCAAUUACUGUUGCAGACGAGGGGGAAUCGGAGUCAGAAGGGGAUGAAUUUAAACCAAGAGGUCUCACUGGAAUGAAGAACAUUGGGAACUCCUGUUACAUGAAUGCUGCUUUGCAAGCUCUCUCGAACUGCCCGCCUCUGACUCAGUUUUUCCUGGAGUGCGGAGGACUGGUCCGCACAGAUAAGAAGCCGGCGCUUUGCAAGAGUUACCAGAAACUGAUUUCUGAACUCUGGCACAAGAAACGUCCCAGUUACGUAGUUCCUACCAGUCUCUCCCAUGGAAUCAAGCUGGUUAACCCCAUGUUCAGAGGCUACGCGCAGCAGGUAGGGAGAUCUGCGCAGCAGGACACGCAGGAGUUCCUGCGCUGCUUGAUGGAUCAGCUGCACGAGGAGCUGAAGGAGCCCGAGUGCGGGGCGGAGUCUGACAGGGAGGAGCGGCGUGACGGGGACCGCAGCCCCUCCGAGGAUGAGUUCCUGUCCUGUGACUCGGGCGCCAGCAGCGACCGGGGGGAGGGGGGCGAGGGGAUACUGAUCCAGGACGAGAGUGGAGGGAUCCGUGGGGGGAUCUCGGAGAAGGAGCGGCUGAAGGAGAGGAGGGUCUCGGGGUCUCCACGGAGAGGUGGCUCCCAGGAGAUGGAUGAGGAUGCAGACAUAGACACCGCCACGGAGGAGGGAGGGGCCACGAGGGCUGGGGACAGUGAGGAUCCACCUCCAAACCGCGUCAGCAAACAGAACCACAGAGCAGUUUCAGAACCUGACAACGACGCAUUGCUGCACAGCCUCUCGCGCUCCUGCAGUCCCAGCCACGGCCACCAGGAGGCCCACCCCAAACUGUCCAGCAGCCCGCCUCGCUCCAGCCCCCUGCGCAUCGCGGGCACAGCAUACUCGCUCAAGAAAGCUCAGCUCCUCCUGGGUGCCAAGAAGAAGCAGCAGCCCCGGUACCGCAGCGUUAUCUCGGACAUCUUUGACGGCUCCAUCCUCAGCCUGGUCCAGUGUCUCACCUGCGACAGGGUGGGUACGGAGGUUUCAACCACUGUGGAGACUUUCCAGGACUUGUCUCUGCCGAUCCCGGGAAAGGAGGAUCUUGCCAAACUACACUCCUCCAUCCACCAGAGCAUUCCUGCCAAAAACGAGACCUACGGCUCCCAGGGCUGGAUCUCCUACAUCAUGGACUAUAUCCGCAGGCUCGUGUCCUGUAUCCCCAGCUGGUUUUGGGGUCCAGUUGUCACUCUGGAGGACUGCCUGGCUGCCUUCUUUGCUGCGGAUGAGCUGAAAGGUGAUAAUAUGUACAGCUGUGAAAGAUGUAAAAAAUUAAGAAAUGGUGUUAAAUACUGCAAGGUUCUCCGUCUGCCUGAAAUCCUUUGUAUUCAUCUCAAGCGCUUUCGCCAUGAGGUCAUGUACUCCUUCAAAAUCAACAGCCAUGUCUCCUUCCCAUUGGAGGGGCUUGAACUCCGACCUUUCCUAGCCAAGGAGAGCCCUUCCCAGAUCACAACUUACGACCUGCUCUCUGUGAUCUGUCACCACGGGACCGCGGGAAGUGGUCACUACAUUGCAUACUGCCAGAAUGUAAUAAACGGUCAGUGGUACGAGUUUGAUGACCAGUAUGUCACGGAGGUCCACGAGACAGUGGUGCAGAGUGCCGAGGCCUACGUCCUGUUUUACAGGAAGAGCAGCGAGGAGUCUGUGCAGGAGAGGCAGAAGGUGGUAGCCCUGGCUAACAUGAAGGAGCCCAGCCUGCUGCAGUUCUACAUCUCCAGGGAGUGGCUUAACAAGUUCAACACCUUCACGGAGCCCGGUCCCAUCGCCAACCACACCUUCCUCUGCACGCACGGAGGGAUCCCACCCAACAAGUAUCACUACAUCGAUGACUUGGUGGUGAUCUUGCCCCAGAGCGUGUGGGAGUAUCUCUAUAACAGUUUUGGUGGAGGUCCUGCUGUAAACCACCUCUAUGUGUGCUCCAUCUGUCAGGUGGAAAUCGAGGCCCUGGCCAAGCGCAGGAAGCUGGAGAUCGAUACCUUCAUCAAGCUGAACAAGGCUUUCCAGGCAGAGGAGUCCCCCAGUGUCAUCUACUGUAUCGGCAUGCAGUGGUUCAGAGAGUGGGAGAGCUUUGUCAAGGGCAAGGACAAUGAGCCACCCGGCCCCAUUGACAACAGCAGAAUUGCAGUGAUGAAAGGAGGCCAUGUCCAGCUCAAGCAAGGAGCUGACUACGGUCAGAUCUCCGAGGAGACGUGGAAUUACCUGUUUUCCAUCUACGGAGGCGGUCCUGAGAUUGCGGUGCGGCAGAGCGUCUCUCAGCCCGACACGGAGAGCCUUCACGGAGAGCACAAGAUUGAAGCGGAGACGAGGGCCUUGUGAAGCCCAAAGAGCUGCCAAAAAAAAAGAUCCACAAUGAGGGGUCUCGCUUUAUCCCGAAAGAAACUAGUGACACUGACUCUGUACCCUCACAAACCUGCUGUGAGCACUUUGUACUGUACCAGUCUGUCAUCCUAUCAUGUGUAAAAAAAAAACUAACAAAAUAGAUGACUAGAAGCAUUAUUCAUUGACGGGAUUAUUGUAUUGGUGAAGUAACCCCAGAUUAACCUGUAGUACUCCUAAUAGUGUCGUUUGGCUGGUUUCAAAGAGCCCUGAUUUAUCGCUGCUCUUGGGCUUCCCAAUGUUAAUUUAGGUAAGGUAGUUCAAGAUGGUCCUGAUCUGGGUCGGUUAAACCAGCUGUAAAUCACUCGUGUGCUAAAAGGGAUCCGAGGCUUUAGGUGAAUCAUGGCUGCUACAGUACCUGUAUAAAAUGCGUAGGAAAAGCCAGGAUUGCAUCAGCUACUGGUGUUUCUUGUGUGGUUGUUUGACUGUUGGCCAUGAAGAGGAGUUUGUGUUCUCUGGAUAUAGAUGUUGGAUGUAUGCGUAAGCCUGGGUUUAACCCUCAUGAGGCUCAAGACCUGUUUAUUUUAAAAAAAAAAAAAGGCAGAAAAGUUAAAAAAAAAACGACUGAGGGUCUACAAGGUGUUUGGUAGAUUUAUUUAUUUAUCUAUUUAUUCACAUUUCAACACAGGUUACCUUUCCUAUCUAUGGUCACCCUAGAGAGAAACACAGAUAUGUACAUUCACAAUUAGAAGCAAAGGCCAAGAGCAUAAAGAGUAGUUUUGUCGAUUUCUGCUGCAAUACUGUUUGUCUUUUUGCACAUCCCUAUAAAUAAAAUCCUAGGAGCUGUAUAGUUAACCACCCCUGCUUGGUAUGUGGGCAUGUUUUUUUGCUUCUGUGGCACUAAAACGUUUCUGUGUACAGUAUAAAUUUAUAUGAAAAAGCAAAAGCGUUCAUGUUGAUAGUGUUUUGAUAUCUGAGGUGUUAUUUGCAUUCUGUUCUCGCACUUUCACUGUCACUCAUUUCAUAUUUUGAUGUAAAAACAAAAAUAUUGUUUCACUAGCGCAGCUGUGAUUAAUUCCGGCUGCACGCCCGCUCUCAAAUGGACACAAAGGAAAUCAAUACUAGGCAAUUACACCGUACACAAUAAAACACAUCAUCUAGAUAAUUACAUCAGAGCUAUCCUCUCCUAAUAUUGAGCACAUCAUAUUGUAAAACUUACCUAAUGCCUUCCGUAAAUCAAUCCCAGGUCUGUGAUGAACAUCCCUGACAGAGAGCAGAGAUCUCUGCAUGAUUUCAAUUAACCCUCUAGUCUAAAAUCAUUACAAAACACGAAAUAAUGGAAUAUUUCAAAUGAAGAAAAACACUCCGGUCCUAUCGAGAGGCUGAGAUGUCUUUCAUUACUGCGUUCGUUCUUUACAUAUUGAGCAACCAGGAUCCUGCUUAACCCUAUUCUGAACUUAUCAGAUUCUUACCUGUAGGCAUGUAAUCGAUUACCUGCUGAAAGAGGUCCUGCAGCCCAGGGAAAGAUAUUACUUCUAUAAAAAUGAUUGGAUAUCUCCCUGCUGCCUAGUCCCCAAAAACUGCUCUGCAGCAGCUGUAAUGCAAUUCGUACUGUUUCUGACCUUCCAAGGCCAACAACCUUGUCCUUUUGUCUGUCAUUCAUUCCACUUGUGCAGUCAUGAGUCAUACUCACUCACAGAUGAUAAACGACAGUAAGGAUGCUCUGUACAGAAGCACUGAAACCUGAAUAUGAAAACGUCUCUGCUGUCCAAGUCUUCGUGGUCUUAAAUCAAAACCAUGAUUUAUGGAAAAACGGUCGGUGCGUUCUAAUGACCGACUCGCAUGUGAUACUGUCACAUUAUCCACUGUAUUGUGUAAAGUCCCAAACUUUCAAGAGAGAAGUAAAUCAAAGGUAUUAGAAAAAAAUGUGGGAUGUAGGAGUGACCGGUUUUUAUAUGUCUGUUCAUUUCAGCUAAUUGCGUUUCUGAUAUAUUGAUUGUGGAUUGUGAAUGGUCACAGAACUUUGAUUGCCUUAAGGGGACUGGGUACAUUCUUAAAUAGACACAGACAGUUGCUUGCUCUGCUUCACAUAUUUGAUGACUCAAUUAUUUCUGUGCACUGGGAUUAUGUCUUGUUUGCUUCACAGAGCUGCCUGUCGAUCACUGUACAUGUGCGGUUACCAUGACAGCCACCAAUAUUUGGCAUGUGAAAAGCUUGUUUACUGCUGCUGUUCUCAGAAUAAUGCUUACUGUAGAUAACGAUAAGACUUCUAGGGUUGGGGUUAAGGUUAUGUCAGUGGCUUCAAGUUUCUUUUAAUAGACAAAUACAUACGUUUUCUUUAACCAACAUUGAACUCACCGGCCAGUUGCAUAAGACAGCUUUAGUUACGUUUCCCCUUCAGUGUUCCUUGAGUUUAAGGCUGUUUCAUAAAGCAGCUUAACCAAUUUAAGUUAAUACCCCUAGUUAAGGAAACAAUUACCCUAAGUGUUAAACUGAAUUCUGAAGGAGAUUUAUACAACCAGCCCCAGUACUAAAAAAAAAAAGUGAGCAAACAAUAAAAAAAUUAGGUUUAAAGAAUGUAGUUAUGUAAAUACUGAAAUGGAAUUGAUUUUAAUUGUAAAGGCAGUGUUUACCACUGGCAUUCACUGAAACAUGUCCAUGUUGUACAUUUCGCGGUGAUGUGUGUGUGUAAGUGACAUCACAAUAUGGUAAAUGUCUGUCACAUGACCCCUUUCUCUUUCUCCUUUUGCUGAUUGGUUAAUGACCCCUAGAAGGGUGACACACAGUCCUGCAUGGAUGUGGAGCAUCCAGAAAGAUCUAUAAAGCACUAGAUAUGAUCAAGUUUUUAUAAUUGGAAGGCUGAGUGGUAGUUGGGUGUUCAGCAAGGUGCAUUUCUACAGUUCUCCCUCUACUUACAAGCUGCUAUACUAGGAAGUCGAUGCAUUGUAUUUAUAAACCGACUGCAUGUAACUGUAUCAUACUGUACACGUGCUCUGUAUUUGCAGAAUUGUGUCUGAGGGUCCCGAAUACAUCAGUGCUUUUCAAUGCUGGAUCUAACAAGAGUCAUGUUUAAAAUAAAUGCACACACUCAAACAGUA